AGCGCGGCUCAAAGUGUUGCGAGUCGUGAAACGAAACGGAUAUCGAGGCGGACAGUCUGCAUGAGCAGUCAGCACAAAUUGCAAUUGCAUGGGAUAUUUUUUUUUUGUUUGAGUGCCUCGCUUCAAUUGUGUGUGUGCAUGUCUGUGCGUCUAUGUGUAUGUGAAGUGCAAAAGCGACGCAAAAUUUAACUCGCACCACAGGCAAAGAAACGAAAACAACAACAACAGCAUCGAGAGCAAUUCAAAGAGGCAACAACAAUAUGGCGUUUAAUGCCGCCGCAUGCGAAAAUGUGCAGCAUGCGAAUGCGUUGCGGCGACUAAUAUAAUAAUCGCUAUCGCGUUCGGUAUCGGUAUCGUCUAACGCUCAUCGUCAUCGAAAUAUUCAAAUAUUCUUUUUUUGAUUAUUUUUUUUGUCCACGUUGUGUGGUGUCCUCUGUGUUUUUGUGUUCGUUCUGUGCAUGUGCAAACAAAUCAAGUAAAAGCUAAUUUCGCGAUAGUGAGAUAGAGAAAAGCACAGAAACAACAGCAGCAACAACAACAACAACGCGACUCCAAUACGCAUUUGCGUAUAUGUGUUUAAGUGUCAGUGUGUGUAUGUGAGCAAAGGAAGCAACGCGUUCUGUCUUUGUCUUCUACAGUCGAUCAAUUUCAAAGUUAGUUGCGGUUGCGCGUGGAAAUGUCGCCGUCGCCAGCGUCGACGUCGGCGUCGCUGCAUACAACCAACGGCAACGGGCGGCCCUUAAUUGUUCUAUUCGCUUGGCUGCAAAAUACAUAAAAGUGCAUUAGGAAUUACACAAGAAAAUAUAAAAGAGAAAAGAAACAAAAAUAAAAACCCCAAAGUCAAAGUGAGACAACAACAACAAAACUGCAUACAUAAAAAUUACAACACAUACUUCUACACAACUACCAUAACAAAAUCAACGACUAGCAAAAAAAAACUCAAAUCAUAAAAACGCAAAUCUUAAACUGGAUUACAAUGCAGUUACAGCGCAGCAGACGUCGCUGUCGCGUCGCCGCACACAGAAUUUGGAUUAACGAAAUGCUUGCGGGCGUCGCGCUGCUGCUGCUGGCGCUUGCUAACUUAAGCUGCGCACAAGCGACGGAAACUGGCGUCGCUUUGGCGGUCUCCUGCACCACAAUCGGUUGCAAGAAUGGCGGCACAUGCAUCACACAGUCCAAUGGCAAAUCCUACUGCUCUUGUUAUACGCGUUUCGUUGGCGACUACUGUGAACAUCGGAAUCCAUGUCUGACGGGCCAUGGACGCUGCCAGAAUGGUGGCACCUGUCAGGUGGCCUUUCGGAAUGGACGGCCGAGCAUCUCGUGCCUGUGUCCGCUCGGCUUUGAGGAGUCGCUCUGCGAGAUUGCUGUGGCCAAUGCCUGCGAUCAGACGCGUUGCUUCAACGGCGGCACUUGCCAGCUGAAAACGUUGCAAGAAUACACCUGCAUCUGUGCCAAUGGCUAUACGGGCGAUCACUGCCAGACACAGAAUCUCUGCGCCAGUUCCCCAUGUCGCAAUGGCGGCACCUGCUCCGCCUUGGCUGGCAGCAGCAGCUUUAGUUGCAACUGCCCGCCUGGCUUCACCGGUCACACUUGCUCCGAGGAUGUCGAGGAAUGCCAAUCGAAUCCCUGCCAAUACGGCGGCACCUGUGUGAACACGCAUGGCUCCUAUCAAUGCAUGUGCCCCGCUGGCUACACUGGCAAGGAUUGCGAUACCAAGUACAAGCCCUGCUCCCCCUCGCCCUGCCAAAAUGGUGGCACAUGUCGGGCCAACGGACUCACCUACGACUGCAAGUGUCCCCGUGGCUUCGAGGGUAAGAACUGUGAACAGAAUAUCGACGAUUGUCCCGGAAAUCUGUGUCAAAAUGGCGGCACCUGUGUGGACGGUAUCAAUGAUUAUCGCUGCAACUGUCCCCCGAAUUUCACGGGUCGCUUCUGUGACGUGGAUGUGGACGAGUGUGCGAUGCGUCCGUCCGUCUGUCAGAAUGGAGCCACAUGCACGAAUGCCCAUGGCACCUACAGUUGCAUCUGUGUGAAUGGUUGGAACGGCAGUGACUGCAGUCAGAACAUUGACGAUUGCUUGAAUGCGGCAUGCUUCGAUGGUGCCACCUGUAUCGAUGGCGUUGGCAGCUUCUAUUGCCGUUGCCAGGCGGGCAAGACGGGACUGUUGUGCCAUCUGGACGAUGCCUGCACCUCGAAUCCCUGUCACGCCGAUGCCAUUUGCGACACCAGUCCCAUCAAUGGCUCCUAUGCGUGCUCCUGUGCCACGGGCUACAAGGGAGUCGAUUGCUCCGAGGAUAUCGAUGAGUGUGACCAGGGAUCGCCGUGCGAACACAACGGCAUCUGUGUGAAUACGCCGGGCUCGUUCAUGUGCAAUUGCUCGCAGGGAUUCACGGGACCGCGUUGUGAGACAAACAUAAAUGAGUGCGAAUCGCAUCCGUGCCAGAAUGAAGGCAGUUGUCUGGAUGAUCCGGGCACGUUUCGUUGCGUCUGCAUGCCCGGAUUCACGGGUACCCAGUGUGAAAUCGAUAUCGACGAAUGCCAGUCGAGUCCGUGCCUGAACGAUGGCACCUGUCACGACAAAAUCAAUGGCUUCAAGUGCAGCUGCGCCCUGGGAUUCACGGGUGCCCGUUGCCAGAUCAACAUCGAUGAUUGCCAGUCGCAGCCGUGUCGCAACAUGGGCAUCUGUCAUGACUCCAUUGCCGGCUACAGUUGUGAGUGUCCCCCGGGUUAUACGGGCGCCAGCUGUGAGAUCAACAUCAACGACUGUGACUCGAGUCCGUGUCAUCGGGGCAAGUGCAUCGAUGGCGACAAUAGCUUCAAGUGUCUGUGUGAUCGCGGUUUCACCGGCUAUCUGUGCCAGAAGCAGAUCAACGAAUGUGAAUCGAAUCCCUGUCAGUUUGGUGGCCAUUGCGUGGACCGCGUGGGCAGCUACAUCUGCCAGUGUCAGCCGGGAACCAGUGGCAAGAACUGUGAGAUCAAUGUGAACGAAUGCCACAGCAAUCCGUGCAACAAUGGCGCCACCUGUGUGGAUGGCAUCAACAGCUACGACUGCAAGUGUGUCCCCGGUUUCACCGGUCAGCACUGUGAGCUCAAUGUCAAUGAGUGUGCGAGCAAUCCGUGUGCCAACAACGGCGUCUGCAUGGAUCUGGUGAAUGGCUUCAAGUGCGAGUGUCCCCGGGGCUUCUACGAUGCGCGUUGCCUCAGCGAUGUCGAUGAGUGUGCGUCGAGUCCGUGUGUGAACGAUGGACGCUGCGAGGAUGGCAUCAACGAGUUCAUCUGCCACUGUCCGCCCGGCUAUGCGGGCAAACGUUGUGAACAGGACAUCGAUGAGUGCGCUAGCAAUCCCUGCCAGCACGGUGGCAUCUGUUUCGACAAGCUCAACGCCUUCAGCUGCCAAUGCAUGCCCGGCUACACGGGUCACAAGUGCGAGACGAACAUCGACGAUUGUCUGAGCAAUCCGUGCGCCAAUGGCGGCACUUGCAUCGACAAGGUCAAUGGAUACAAGUGCGUGUGCAAGGUGCCCUACACCGGACUCAAUUGUGAGAGCCAGCUGGAUCCGUGUGCAAGUAAUCGGUGUCGCAACGAAGCCAAGUGCACACCGAGUCCGAAUUUCCUGGACUUUUCGUGUACCUGCAAGCUGGGCUAUACGGGACGCUACUGUGCCGAGGAUAUUGAUGAGUGCGUCUUCAGCUCGCCGUGUCGCAAUGGCGCCACUUGCGUCAAUGUGCCCGGCUCCUAUCGCUGUGUCUGUACCAAGGGCUACGAGGGACGCGACUGUGCCAUCAACACCGACGAUUGCGCCUCGUUCCCCUGCCAGAAUGGCGGCACCUGUCUGGAUGGAAUUGGCGAUUACGACUGCCUCUGCGUGGAUGGAUUCGAGGGCAAACACUGCCAGACGGACAUCAACGAGUGCCUGAGCAUGCCGUGCCAGAAUGGAGCCACUUGUCGCCAGUAUGUGAACAGCUACACGUGCACGUGUCCGCUCGGCUUUAGCGGCAUCAAUUGCCAGACGAACGAUGAGGAUUGCACGGAGAGCUCGUGCCUCAACGGUGGCAGCUGUGUGGAUGGCAUCAAUGGCUACAACUGCAGCUGCUUGGCCGGCUACAGCGGUGCCAAUUGUCAGUACAAGCUGAACAAAUGCGACUCGGCUCCCUGCUUGAAUGGCGGCACUUGCCACGAGCAACGCGACGAAUACACUUGCCACUGCCCCAGCGGAUUUACGGGCAAACAGUGCUCCGACUAUGUGGACUGGUGUGCACAGUCGCCGUGCGAGAAUGGCGCCAGUUGCAGCCAGCUGAAGCAUCAGUUCAACUGCAAAUGCGCCGCUGGGUGGACGGGGAAAUUGUGUGAUGUGCAGAUGAUCAGCUGCCAGGAUGCGGCACAGCGCAAGGGGAUCACAGUGAAGCAGCUGUGUAACAAUGGUACGUGCAAGAAUCACGGCAACAGUCACGUCUGCUACUGCUCACAAGGAUAUGCGGGCAGCUACUGUCAGCAGGACAUCGAUGAGUGCGCCUCGCAGCCGUGCCAGAAUGGCGGCACUUGUCGCGAUCUGAUCGGUGCCUACAAGUGCAGUUGUCGCCAGGGCUUCCAGGGUCAGAACUGUGAACUGAACAUCGAUGAUUGUGCACCGAAUCCCUGCCAGAAUGGUGGCACCUGUCACGACCUGGUGCAGGGCUUCAGCUGCAGCUGUCCACCGGGUACGCUGGGCAUCAUUUGUGAGCUGAAUCAGGACGAUUGCAAGCCGGAUGCGUGUCACAACAAUGGCAGCUGCAUUGAUCGUGUCGGUGGCUUUGAGUGCUCGUGUCCGCCUGGAUUUGUGGGCGCACGUUGCGAGGGCGACAUCAACGAGUGCUUGAGUAAUCCCUGCUCCAAUGCGGGCACCCUUGAUUGCGUGCAACUGGUGAACAACUAUCACUGCAAUUGCCGACCCGGACACAUGGGACGCCACUGUGAGCACAAGGUGAACUUCUGUGCGCAGUCGCCGUGCCAGAAUGGCGGCGUCUGUAGCACCAAGCAGAGCGGACAUCACUGUGUGUGUGCGGACGGUUAUUACGGCAAGAAUUGUGAGUUUAGCGGACAGGAUUGCGACUCGAAUCCGUGUCGCGCCGGCAGCUGCAUCAUCGACGACGCCGGCGGCUAUCGAUGCGAAUGCGUGCGCGGCACAGCUGGCGAACACUGUGAGCUGGACACGCUGGACGAGUGCCAGCCGAAUCCGUGUCUGCAGAAUGCCGCCUGCGACAAUCUGCUUGGUGACUACGAUUGCCUCUGUCCCAGCAAUUGGACAGGCAAACGUUGCGAGAUCUACGACAAGAACUAUGCCGGAUGGGCGGGUGGCAGCAGCGGUGGCAACUCGGGUGCAGCCGGCGGUGGCGGCAAUGGCAUUGGUCCAGCAGGUGCGGGUAUCUAUGAUGCUGAUGCUGAGCAACAGCGGGCGAUGUGCGAGAAACGCGGCUGUCCGGAGAAGCAGAGCAACGGCGUCUGUAACAACGAGUGCAACACUAAGGCGUGCAACUUUGAUGGCAACGACUGUUCGCUGGGCAUCAAUCCGUGGGCCAAUUGCACUGCGCCGCAGUGCUGGCGUGUCUUCAUGGACGGACAGUGCAACGAGGAGUGCAACAACGCGGCUUGCCUUUACGAUGGACGCGACUGUGAGCAGAAGCUGAAGCGUUGUGCGGCCAUCUAUGAUGCCUACUGUCAGAAGCAUUACGGUGAUGGGUUCUGUGACUACGGUUGCAACAAUGCCGAGUGCAGCUGGGAUGGUCUCGACUGUGAGAAGUCGGAGCAAUCGCCGCAGCUGGCCGAGGGUGCCAUGUCGGUGGUCAUGCUGAUGGAUAUACGACAGUUCCGUGCGAAGCAGGCGCAAUUCCUGCGCGAGAUGAGUCACGUGCUGCGCACCACGGUGCGUGUGAAGAAGAACACCGAUGGCAAGGACAUGAUAUUCACCUGGAAGGGCAGCUCACGCAUGCCGGAUAUACAGGACUCGGAGUUUGGACGCAAACACAAGAUCAUCUACACGGAGAGCAACGGACAGACGGGCAUACAAAUCUAUCUGGAGAUUGACAAUCGCAAGUGCACCGAGUGCUUCAAUCGUGCCACCGAAGCAGCCGAAUUCUUGGCCGCAUCCGCCGCCAAACAUACGUUCGCCAAUCGCUAUCCCAUCUACAGUGUGCGCGGUGUCCAGGACACCGCUGAUGUUGACUACGAAUCUCCGGCGAAUGUCAAGUACGUGAUCUCUGGCAUUAUACUGGUGAUCAUAGCGCUUGCCUUCGUGGGCAUGGUGUUGAGCACGCAGCGCAAGCGUGCUCAUGGCGUCACCUGGUUCCCCGAGGGUUUCCGUGCCCCAGCUGCUGCAGUGAUGCAACGACGUCGUCGCGAUCCCCAUGGCCAGGAGAUGCGUAACCUCAACAAACAAGUGGGUUUGGCUCAGGCGCAGGCACAUCAGCUACCGGGAGGUGUUGGCGGAGGCAGUCACUGGUCGGACGAUGAGUCGGACAUGCCACAACCGAAGCGUCAGCGCGGCGAUCAACUCAACAGCGGCGGACUUGGUGGUCUGGGCGGCUUAGGAGGCGGCAGUGUUGCCGGUCUGACGAGCGUGGGCUAUGCCAGCGAUCACACCAUGGUCAGUGAAUACGAGGAGGCGGAUCAACGUGUCUGGUCGCAAGCCCAUCUCGAUGUGGCCGAUGUGCGUGCCAUUAUGACACCGCCGGCACAUCAGGAUGGCGGCAAACACGACGUGGAUGCCCGAGGUCCGUGCGGUCUGACGCCUCUGAUGAUUGCGGCGGUACGGGGCGGUGGCCUGGACAGCGGCGAGGAUGUGGAGAACAAUGAGGAUAGCACGGCUCAGGUGAUCUCGGAUCUGUUGGCGCAGGGCGCCGAACUGAAUGCCACCAUGGACAAGACGGGCGAAACGUCGCUGCAUCUGGCCGCUCGCUAUGCGCGUGCUGAUGCGGCCAAGCGUCUGCUCGAUGCCGGCGCCGAUGCCAAUUGCCAGGACAAUACCGGACGUACGCCGCUGCAUGCUGCGGUCGCCGCCGAUGCCAUGGGCGUCUUUCAGAUACUGUUGCGCAAUCGGGCCACCAAUUUGAAUGCACGCAUGCAUGACGGCACCACACCCUUGAUACUGGCUGCCCGCUUGGCGAUCGAGGGCAUGGUCGAGGAUCUGAUUACAGCGGAUGCGGACAUCAAUGCGGCGGACAAUUCGGGCAAGACGGCGUUGCAUUGGGCGGCGGCUGUUAACAACACGGAGGCGGUCAACAUACUGCUGAUGCAUCAUGCGAAUCGCGAUGCCCAGGACGAUAAGGAUGAGACGCCACUGUUUCUGGCCGCACGCGAGGGCAGCUACGAGGCAUGCAAGGCGCUGCUCGAUAACUUUGCCAAUCGCGAGAUCACCGAUCACAUGGAUCGCCUGCCACGCGACGUCGCCAGCGAGCGGCUGCAUCACGACAUUGUCCGGCUGCUGGACGAGCAUGUACCGCGUUCGCCGCAAAUGAUCAGCAUGACGCCACAGGCCAUGAUCGGUUCACCGCCACCUGGCCAACAGCCGCAGUUGAUCACACAGCCGACGGUGAUUGCGGCUGGCGGUGCUGCGGGUAAACAGAGCAGCCAGGCUGCCAAACAGAAGGCCGCCAAGAAGGCGAAGCUCAUCGAAAGCAACAGUCCGGACAAUGGACUGGAUGUGGCUGGCGGUGGUGGUGCCGCUAUGGGAAGUUUGCGUCGCAAGGCAAGUUCAAAAAAAGGCCAACAACAACAGCAGCAACAACAACAACAACAACAAUGGCAGCAGUGCGGCCUCAAAAAAAAGGCCAUGAACGGCGGCAUAAAUGCUGCCCAGCUGUUGAGCGCGACGGGACCAACGGUGGGCAAUUGCGGGGACCUGGACUCGUCGCCGCCACCGCCACAAGUGCAGGCCGGCAACGGCAGCGCCAAUGGCAAUCUGGUGAACCUGCCCAGUCCCUACGACACGACCUCCAUGUACUCGAAUGCGAUGGCAGCGCCGCCGAACAACGGGACCAAGCAGCCGCCGAGCUAUGAGGAUUGCAUCAAGAACGCACAGUCACUGCAAUCCCUGCCAGCCAACAGCCUGGACAUGAUCAAGCUGGACACCUACGGCUACUCGAUGGGCUCGCCAUUUCAGCAAGAAAUGCUAAACGGACAGGCGAUGGGCCUGAACGGCGGACGCAACACCAAUACGCUGUGCGGUCUCGGCGGUGGAGUGCCCAAUGGGGGUCACGAGCAGGGACUCAGUCCGCCCUAUUCGAAUCAAUCGCCACCGCAUUCGGUGCAGAGCAGUCUGGCGUUAUCGCCACACGCCUAUCUGGGCUCACCAUCGCCGGCCAAAUCACGGCCCAGUUUGCCAACAUCGCCGACGCACAUUCAAGCAAUGCGGCAUGCCACGCAGCAGAAGCAAUUCGGCAGCAAUCUCAACAGUCUGCUCGGUGGGGGCAACGGUUCGUUGGGGCCGCAAAGCUCACCGGUUAGCCUGGGCAUCAUCUCGCCCACGGGCAGCGACAUGGGCAUCAUGCUGGCGCCCCAGUCCUCCAACAAUGCUAAAGGCAGUGCAAUAAUGCAGACGUUGUCACCGCAGCUGCAGCAGCAACAACAGCAGCAACAGCAACAACAGCAGCAGCAACAACAGCAGCAGCAGCAGCAGCAACAACAACAGCAGCAGCAACAACAGCAGCAGCAACAGCAACAAGCAAUUGGAGGCCUUGAGUUCGGUUCAGCCGGUUUGGACUUGAAUGGAUUUUGUGGAUCUCCGGACUCAUUUCACUCGGGUCAAAUGAAUCCGCCUUCAAUACAAAGUUCAAUGUCGGGUUCCUCGCCAUCGACCAACAUGCUGUCGCCAUCGUCACAGCAUAAUCAGGCCUUCUAUCAGUACCUAACGCCGCCCAGCCAGCAUUCGGGCGGCCAUACGCCACAGCAUCUGGUGCAGACGCUGGACAGCUAUCCGACGCCAUCGCCUGAAUCGCCCGGACACUGGUCCUCAUCGUCGCCCCGCAGCAAUUCGGAUUGGUCCGAGGGCGUACAAUCGCCGGCGGCCAACAAUUUGUACAUCUCCGGCGGACAUCAGGCCAACAAGGGGUCCGAGGCCAUUUACAUUUGACAAUGAGGCGAUAAUAAUGGUUCGAUAGAAUGAAAGACAGCUCCAAGAGCGCCCAAGAACUACAACAACGAGAAGAAUGAUAUCCCAACAACCCAAUCACCUCCCUCCCAAAAUGAAAAUCGAAAAACGAAUAACAGACAAGAAACUAAAUCCUUUUUUUUUUUGCCUAGAAAUUAAGCUUUAAUUUAAAAACAAAACAAACGUAAUAAUUGUAGUAAUUUAAAUGAUUUAAUAUUAAUGUUUGUUGUACAGAGCGCGUUGAAAUCGUAUAUCAUAAAUGAUAUAUAUACAUAUACGCCAGAUAUAUACUUAUAUAUAUUCGUAAGUAGUUAGUGAACUGUUCAGUUUCGCAUCCAACCCCCCGCCCCCCCUAAGACAACAAUAACAAUAACUAAUAUUUUGCGCGCAAACGUUUUAAACAAUUUGAUCGAUGAGAGAUAACGAAAUGAUAACGAGCGGAACAUUUUGCAAUCCGUUUCACAGCUUCCAGUUAAUGAUAAACGAGAUGAAAACAAUUAUAAUUAGCGCAAAUUAUUUUUAUUAUUAUUAUUAUUAUGAAUUAUUGUAAUUGUAUCUUGUAAUUGUCGGCCAACGUUUUUCUCUAGCGCCCUAAAUAAGUUUAAUUAAAUUCAAUUAAUUAACAAUAGCAAUUAGAGCAUCGACUACGUUCGUUUUACCGUCUACUAUUAAGUUUAAACAAAAACAAAAGACAAUUCAAUUAACUAAUUGCAUAAUAUAUUAUAUCAUGUUUAGCUGUUAGUUUCGAAACUGAAGUGCUUAUAUAAACAAAAUUGUUAGCUAUACUAUAUAUACAUAUACGAUUACAAACUACGAAACACAUUCUGCAAAAAAAAAAACAA